GUUAUCCUAAAUGUUUCGGUCAAUUCAAAACCGAUUAUUUAUUCUUAUAUAGACGUUGACGUCGAUUGCUCACGUUCUAUCUCAGAUUAAAUUCUAAAAACAAAAUUACUGAUAAAGAAAAAAAACGGUGUAGUGACAACAAAGAAGAAUUUCAUUUCACAAAAUAUCUUAACAUAUAUUUGGUGUAUAUAUAAAAAUGGAUGCAUGCAAAUGCCGUUUAGCAAUGUACCUAUAUGACAUUACCGUGAACACACCAAAAUGACAUUGCGGCUGGCUGUACAUUAUUUUACGCACUAGCAGCACCUUCGCGCGUUCCCUCCUAUUAAGGCCAAGCCUGCACUGUCCCCUACCAUGCAGCGUUGGUAGACAUUAAUGAUUAAACCGCAGUCACCUCCAACACAAUGCUGCAGCUUCCCGUUCCCACAAAGCAGAGAGGAAACGGAGCGUCCUGCCAUUGCAGGGAGAUGGAAAGAUGGCGGUGGGGGUGGAAAUGAAAGUUGAAGAGAGUUCCUCCGUCUGUCUAUAGUGAUCUUGCACAGAAACUGAGGUUUAAACUUAUUAGCUGACCCGUGUUAUUUCGCAGAGCUGCGAGAAGGCACGGACGCAGGAAUGGUGGGGGUGGGACACGGUGAAGUAAAAGUAAAAAUAGAGUCUUUGUCUCGAUUUGUCAGCCAUACUGUCUGCAAUAUGCCCAUUUAGACAAAUCGGGGCAUAUAAGGGAACGAUUCAUUGCCAAAGAGAACGACACAGUGAGACUGGUUGUAUUUAUUUCGGAACAUGCAGUGCAGGGUCACAACGUCGUGCAGAGUGGCUCUUCUUUCUUGUAGGAACAAUACAUUUGUGAUAUGGAAUAUCUGCGUGAUAUUAUAAACUGUGCAUUUCGUUCAGUAUCGAACAUUAGCCUAUUUUAUGCAAUCAACGGAAUUUUUUAGCCUAUUUAAUCGUCUGCGGUCUUCUGGCAUCCGAUCGGUUUCACAAAAUCAACACGGGCAUAAAUCAAACCGGGUAUGUUUGUUUAGCAACACUUCUGUGGUAUGUUUGAAAUGAGAGCCACACGCAACAAUGUUUCUCCUCGUGGCAUAAAAAAAAAAAAAGCCUCACCUGAUACGCAAUAUUAUUUCCGUCUACACGGUGGUCUAAGGCACCCACACACUUUUAUGUCCGUGUAUAUUGUAGCCUAUCACGGAUCAAAUCCAGAAUCGCACGCUUUAUAAUUGGAGCUAUAUAAUACCACCGACAUGCGCACAAAGGAUCGCACGCGAGCGCUUGCGUAAUAUAUUUUUGCAGAAAUUAUUUGAAUGUGCUGUAUUAUUUGCAAAGUGCAAGGAAUAUGUUUUAUUGUUUCCAUUUAGUAACACCACCCCCCCACCCCCACACACACACACCCUCGGGGCUUGAGUUCGCUUGCGCUGCGCAUAAGUGCGUUUGUGAGCCGCCAGUUGUUAUGGGGCCCAACAGACGGGAGACACAGGGAGAAAGAGAAUCAAUUUAACGCGCGAAAGACUCCGAGUCUGAUUGCGCAAUGUCACCGGGAACCAGAUGACGAUUGUAAAAGUAGAUUGGAAGAGAAUUAGCAAGAGAGGAAGGGAGAUUGGAAAGUGGAAAUGAGAAAAGAGCGCACACACGUACACACAUUGACGUGCGCGCGCGUCGUGUUCUCCUCCGCCUGGGUAUAGGAAAACGAGUGAAUGAAUGCAGGCACAGAACCUUCUCAUUGGUCAGGGUGUGGUCAGCUGGUUCCUGCUUGCCUCCACCUACCUUACCCCUCAUCUCUUUUUCCUCACCCAAUUCCGCUUUACACACAACGCGCACACAAAAACGCACGCCCGCCCGCGCGCGCACGCAUGCUGAUGCCCCCCUCUCCCUCUCUUUUUCUGUAUGUGCUCCACACAAGCCAGACUCCCCGUGUCCCCUCUAACCCUCAUCAACCUCACCCCUCCUCCCAAUCUGCGAUCAACUAAGUGAUAGCGGCAGCCCGUCGAACUGUCGGCUAUAAAACACAACAAAUCAUAAAGUGCAGGCUGGGGAAGCAGAUGAAGGAGGACUGGAGGGAGAAGCGUUAGCUGUUAGCCGAUAGCCUCAUUCUACUCCUCCUUCUUUUUUAUAACGCGUGCACGUUGUUGUUGUUUCGCACCCUCCUGUCCUGCCCUCUGCUCAUCUCCUCCGUUAUUAUCCACUUUCAUUGCCUACUGUCCUCAUGAGUUCCUAUUUUGUCAACUCCUCUUUCCCCGUUGCGCUAUCGGGAACGGGUGGAGGCGGGCAGUCGGCCGAUUCGUUCUUAGGUCAAAUCCCUCUCUAUUCCUCUGGAUACACCACCGAUCACCCGCUCAGACAUUACCCGGGAGCUGCUGCUGCAGCAGCGGCGGCGGCGGCAGCGGCUUACGGCGCGAGCGGAGGUAGCGCGCAGGAGAAGCCCUACCCGGCUUCUUAUUACCAACAGGCGACAAACGGAGCGUAUAGUGGGCAUCGGACGGCGGCAGGGGUUGCUGUCGGUGCCGCAACCGGCGCAAGUGCGUGUGACUAUGCUACAGCCGCGGCGGCUGCUGCUGCCGCGGCGGCGGCGGCCGCCACAAGCUUUUACCGGGACAAGGACUACGCGUGCAGCAGAGAGGAGCAUCCACUCGCAUUGAGCCAGGAUGGCAUGCCCCGCAAGACGGACUGCCCGAGUUUGAGUGGCAAGGGGGUCUUUGGUGACAUCGAGGAUGACAAACAAACGGGGUCAACCCACAUUUAUCCGUGGAUGCAGCGAGUGAACGCCUGCAACGGGGUAUUUGGGAGUCCCGGCAGGCGCGGGCGUCAGACGUACACCCGCUACCAGACUCUCGAGCUGGAGAAGGAGUUUCACUUCAACCGUUACCUUACGCGCAGGCGGCGGAUCGAGAUCGCGCACGCGCUUUGCCUCACAGAGCGCCAAAUUAAGAUAUGGUUCCAAAACCGGAGGAUGAAGUGGAAGAAGGAGAACAAAUUGAUAAACUCUUCAUCCUCCUCUUCAUCCACAGUGAACGGGGUCGAUGAAGAGGAAAAACUGACGGAGUAAAAAAACAAAGACUAAUAAAUGGAAGCGAUAGGAGAAGAUGGUAGAAAAGACAUUCUGAUGAAUGCUUUGUCAUCUUCUUCCUUAAAGCGCAUUCAUUCCUUCAACGCCCUUGGUCUGAACUUCAAACUCUGGGAAAGUAACCUGUGUUUAAUUGCAUUGUAUUGUUUUAAAUGAGAAGAACCGAAUCGGAGCCAUAUAUGACCCCCACUUGCGUCAUCAUUCAAUUCGUUUUUAUCUGUGUGAUUUGAAAGGAGAAAAGGGACGUCGUUUAAAAUGCUACGGUGGGCAAGAUGGUACAUUUUGCCUGGUGCGUUUUGGUGGUUUUAAACCAGCCGUUUUAACGUGUUGUUUAACAACACAUUUCAUGUUACGUUUUCCAAAAAGCGAGUAAUUUUCUCUUUUCGCGUAUGAUUUUCCGCUCUCCUAUAAGCACUUGAAUUUUAAUCACUGUGUUCAUUUCUUUGGUAUAAUUUACAAGAACGAGUCUUAAACUUUUAGUAUGACCCGUCCACAAAAUUAAGAGAAGAGACACAAAAUGUAAAAACAAUGUGUUUGUUUGGCACUCGUAUUUAAUAUGUACUGUAUAUUUGAAAAAAAAAAAAAAAAAGCUGGGUCAAAAUCCCGACACAUAUUGAGGUUUAGCAUCAUUUUGUAGGGGAGGGGGAACUUAAGGUAAUACUUGACGGUUUUACUUAAGCGGAGUGGUGGUGUGAAGUUGGGGGAAUAACAUGUUGUUAUUCUAUGAACUACUUUAAGUAUUCUGAAAUGUGGUCAUUUAGAAAUUGUAUAUUUUAUGGGCUUUUGCAUUGUUUGGUUAUUAUGUCUGUGUUUGUCAAGUACUGACCAAUACUACCUAUAUGUCCAAUAAAAUGUAAAGAAAUGUA